AUGAACGGAACUUCGGGAAAAAAGUUAAAUGAUAUUUAUUUUUUGGCUUGGGAAAAAGGAUUAAAAACCACCUACUAUUUAAGAACUUUAGGGGCUAGCCAAAUUGAAAAGUCCACUUUGGAUGCUAGCAAGUUUGACGAAAUAAAUAUGAACAAAAAAGCAUUAUUAAUUACCAUUGAAGGAAUCGACGGUAGUGGCAAAUCCACCCUGAUUGAAAAGUUGAGCGAAAAACUCCCUAAUUCUUUAAUCACUCGGGAACCACGCGGCACAGAACUAGGGAAAAUGGUUCACGAACUUACUGAUAAACAA